GGCGCUCAGGUCGAAAACUCACGGAAACUCAGCGUCGCUGUCAAAGGUACUUCCGGGUGCGCCACAAGCCGGUUUAGAAGGCCUGCGGUGGAGACGGGUGGCGGCCGGACGACCGGCGUGAGCAUGGACCGGAGGAAAAAGCCUUUGGACGUCACGGCGUCCUCGUUGGUAGAUCUGAAGGCUGAACUCUUCCGAAAACAAGAAGAAUUCAAACAAGAAAAACUUCUAAAAGAUUCUGGAGUUUUGGGAAAACCGAAGACAGCUAAUAAGAAACCGAGUAUCUGGAGCAAGCAGAAUGCAGGAGUUUCAAAUCGCGCUGAGAAGGAUACGGAGCAGAAGAUUGAGGAGCUGAAGACUUUAGACAAAGCAAGGGAAAAAUUGGAAGAAAAGGCCAAAUUAUAUGAAAAAAUGACAAAAGGCGACUUCAUAGACGAAGAAGUGGAGGAUAUGUACCUUGUGGACUUCACCCAGAAGAUCAUAGACAAACGCAGAGAAAUGGAGGCGCUGGGCACCAGUAGAGAGCCCCAAAAGGCGGGUGACAGGGACGAGGACGACGAUGUUCCUGGCGGAGAUGUGCCCCCUCCCCAAGACCCCAGCGAAGAGUGGGUGGAUUACGUGGACUCUCUGGGGAGAUCUCGGCGCUGCAUGAGGAAGGAUUUGCCAGACCUGCUGGAGAUGGACAAGAACCUUCAGGGGAGACUUUUCGUGAGUCCUGCUAAUGAGAAGACACUGCUGUCAGAGGACAUGAGGAAGGAGCUUCAGCGCCAGCAGUGGGAGGAGGAGGAGCGGGAGGCCCUGCGGAGGCCGGUGGGGCCCGUGCACUACGAAGACAUCCGGGAAAACGAGGCCCGGCAGCUUGGUGUUGGAUAUUUCGCCUUUGCCCAAGACAAAGAGCUGAGAAACAAGCAAAUGAAAACUCUGGAGAUGCUACGGGAGCAGACAACAGAUCAGAGAACAAAACGAGAAAACAUAAAAGAGAAACGUAAGGCCAUAUUAGAAGCAAGACUUGCCAAACUUCGACAAAAAAAGAUGAAAAAAUCAAAAGAAGAUGGGACAGAAGAAGAAAGUGGAGACAUAGACGGGGAUGCUGUUGGACCUUUGCCACCAGAACCUGAGCCCGUGCCGACCCCGCCUCCGGCCCAGAGCAGCAAAGUAGAGGUCAUCACCCAGGAGAGGAGGGACACCCGGCCUGGGGUGCCUCACAUUCGGGAGUGGGACCGCGGGAAAGAAUUUUCCUUCGGACACUGGUCCAAGAGGCAGUCAGCUCUCCGGGCUGAGCGAGACCCCGAGUUUGCGCCGCCGUCGGAUUACUUCAUGGGUCAGAAGAGAGUGGGGUCUUCGAGCAACCAGACAUGGAGCAGACCCGGGCCGGUACCAAGCAGCCCCGGGCAGCAGGCGGGCCAGGGCCAGGAGCCCCACUCUGUGCACGUGCCACCCACACCUGCGCCCAGUGGCCCCCCGCGGGCCCCCACGGUCACUUUUGCAACUCUGGAUGACAUGAUCUCCUACUAUAAACAAGUGACAUGACCCCGGCGGCAGCGCUGUGACUCGGCUUGUACUGUGGGUGCGGUGGGGACAGUGGGCCUGGGGGCUGAGCCGGCCUUCAUCCUCGCAGAGGGGUAGUAUGUCCUCCGCCCCUUGCUCCACCUCCUCCCUGGUGCAGCGCAGCCUCCCCAGUGUACCCCUGCACAGAGCGGGCAAGUCUGCCGUAAAACGGGAUGCUGCGGCGCCUGUGGCCCUGUCUGUGUCUCCCCACGCCCUGGCUUGGGGUUAAGGGAUCUGUUCCACUCCUCUGCCUGCACGGGCAGGUGGAGGCUUCCCUCCUAAGGCUCAGCUUUUAGUGAGGUGGAGGAGUAGGGGCCUGGGGCGCCCAGUGGGAGGGCCUUGUGUGGAGGCAGAAGGAUCCUGAGUCUGGGGCCUCUGGGGCUGAGGUGUGGGACACAGUCCUGUCGGGCAGCAAGAGACCAGGUGGAGCAACACCUCCCUAAUCCAGGAAGGCAGCAGGGAGUCGCCAGCUUCCACUGUCGUGCUGUCCUGUCCCCCAUGCCCCUGUGCACCGUGGCCAUCCGAUAUGUGUGUCGGUGAUCGGGCAUCCUGGGGCUGCAGGGCAUGGUCAGGGAUGGUGUUCCUAGUUGUCAGAGCUUUUAGCUCCUGCACUGCCACCCAAAGCCCCUCCUGCCAGGCCUGCCUUCUGGGUCAGACUUGGGCCUGACUGGCGGAAGAGGCAGGUCUUUGUCCUCUCUGAUAGGGUGUCAUGUGGUCACUACCCUGCGCCUGGAUUCUGUCAUAGCUGCGGGCAAGUAGCAAGAGAUUGGUCACCAGGCUGAGGGGCUCCCACAGCCAGCUCCAGGCUGGUGGCUCCUGAAGAUCUCAGCACAAGUUAAUUUUAGUGCUAGAGGCUGAGCCCAGGACCUUCACAUUGAGCUGCAUCCCAACCUUUUCUUCAUUUUUAAAACCAGGGUCUCUAACUCACCAACGUGCCCAGGCCAUCCUGGAUCUUAAAUCCUCAUGCAUCAGCCUCCCAGCAUACCAGGAUUACAGGUGUGCACGACUGUGCCCGGCUAAGCCCAGGUCUCCGAAGUUCCCUGAGGUGUGGGGGGAAAGGGAGUGAGGAAAGAGCCCUCCCUCACGCGGACCUCUCCGUGGCCUGGACUCCGGCCCCUCGUUGUGGAUGAGUGUGCCUGGCUGUGGCACAGCUGACGUGUGGCAGGGCCUGGACGUGUGCUUUCGCUAGUGCUCAUGGCUCUAGUCUUGCCCAGCUUGCAGCAGGUUUAGACAGAGAUCCAAACCCUAGAAACUUGCCUCUGAGCCCCAGACCAAGGGCAAAGUGCUAGACCUCUGUCUUCUAUUGCAGGCCUCACCAGGCUAACAACUAAAUAAAUGCACACUAAACCGCUAA